GAUGAGGCCUGACAGGCAGCAGAUGAGACACUGACACAAGCUCAGGGUUAUUCAGUAACCCUGACCUCUUUAAAAGCCCCACUGUUUGCUGUGACAGCCAGACGGGCUGCUCCUCAGGCCAGGGCUGAGAGAACUGCUGCCAUGAACACCUUCCUGCUCUCGGCGCUGUGCCUCCUGGGAGCCUGGGCCGCUCUGGCAGGGGGCGUCACGGUGCAGGAUGGAGACUUCUCCUUUCCCCUGGAGUCAGUGAAGAAACUUAAAGACCUCCAGGAUUUCCCAGAGCCUAAGAUUGGGAACCGCAGGAACCUUGUGGCUCCCGCGCUCUGUAGCCACUCCGCGUUCCCAGAAGAACUCAGGCCUGUCUGCAAGGAGCCCAACGCGGAGGAGAUCCUGCAGAGGCUGGAGGCCAUCGCUCAGGACCCGAGCACAUGUGAGAUCUGUGCCUACGCUGCCUGUGCUGGAUGCUAGGGUGCUCGCUGCGCUCUCCCCAACCCUGCAGGGAAGCCCUUUCUCCUGCUGGCAGGGUGGCCUGUGAUAUGUCCACUCCUAGCUGCACAAUGUGCCCUGCCCCAGAAUUGGGGUGGGGGUGGGGUGUGAGGAGAGAGCAGCCCAGAGAGGGGCUGGGGGGCUGGAGAUCCAGUCAACACUUGGCCAAUAAACCA